GCGGGCGUGACGGCGGGUGUGAGCGGGCGUGCAUCGCUGCCGCCGAUGGUGGAACACCGUGGCCAGAAGAGGAUUUCGAGUGGGUCUCACACGGGUACCAACCCCACGCCUCGACCGCGCAAGGAGAUCUUGGCUAAACAUCCAGAGAUAAAAGCAUUGAUGAAACCAGACUACAACCUGAUCUGGGUGGUUGUGCUGAUGGUUCUGGCGCAGUUGACUGCAUUUUAUCUAGUUAAAGACUUGGAUUGGAAAUGGGUAGUCUUCUGGGCAUACGUGUUUGGAAGCUGUAUUAGCCACUCCAUGACUCUGGCUAUUCAUGAGAUCUCUCACAAUAGUGCCUUUGGCAACAGCAAAGCCAUGUGGAAUCGAUGGUUUGGAAUAUUUGCCAACCUCCCUCUUGGUCUCCCAUACUCCAUAUCCUUCAAGAGAUACCACAUGGAUCAUCAUCGUUACUUGGGAGGUGAUGGAAUUGAUGUGGACAUUCCUACCAACUUCGAAGGCUGGUUUUUCUGCACCCCAUUUAGGAAGUUCAUGUGGAUUGUUCUACAGCCUUUUUUCUAUGCAAUUAGACCACUCUGCAUCAAUCCCAAACCCAUUACUCGACUUGAAGUAAUCAAUUUGUUGGCUCAGCUUUCCUUUGAUGUCGUGAUCUAUUAUUUAUGGGGAGUCAAAUCCAUUUUUUACAUGCUUGCUGGUUCAGUACUUGGACUUGGGUUGCACCCAAUUUCAGGACACUUCAUAGCUGAGCAUUACAUGUUUUUAAAAGGACAUGAGACCUAUUCCUACUAUGGGCCACUUAAUUUGCUCACUUUUAAUGUUGGCUAUCACAACGAACAUCAUGACUUCCCCAAUAUUCCUGGCAAGAGCCUUCCAUUGGUGAAGAAAAUAGCGGCUGAAUACUAUGACAACCUGCCACAAUAUAACUCUUGGAUAAAAGUACUAUAUGACUUCGUGAUGGAUGACACAAUCAGCCCGUAUUCACGCAUGAAAAGGCAAUUAAAGGGUGAAGUGAAGCAAGAGUAAACUUCUGGCAACCAAAAAACUUUGAGAUGUCUGCUUGCUUUAAAGUGGCUGGUAUAAAGGUCUCUUGCUAAAGCUGUUCACCUGUGUCCUGAAUUAAGAUGUACAGCAACAUAGCAAUGCAUCCUUAAGGACUUUGUAGCAGACUCCUACCAGCUAUAACAUUCCUCACAGUCCUCAGAAUUGUUGGUUUAAUGUGUCUCUGUUUGCCUAAGGAUCAGUGUUAUAUGCAUAAUGCAAAAUCACUUUGUUACAGGAUUUACUUUGGUAGGUGUUAAAUCGAUAUAAAAUAUGUCUGACUCAUAAUAUUUUAAAAGUUCCCCAUGUAGUAUACUGCCCUCAACAUGCUGUUUAGAUGACUGUAGUUUUAAAAGGCUGUACUUACCUGUUAAUUCUGAACUAACAUAAUUUGUUAACUUAAACCUUCUGUUGAAAAUGUUUCCAAACUUACGGUUGGAAGAGCUAAAUUUGCACAGAAAUGUUAAGUCUGCUUUUGUUUAAAUAUGUAAUAUGUCAUUUGAAGCAUUGCUUUAAAGUUUUAGCUUUUCUACUUAAAGUACCUUAAAGGAGCAAUCUAUCAGAAUGAAACCAGUAUCCUCGAGAUGGCUUCUGUGACUUCUUUGUUGGAAAAAAAAAAGAAGUGGGGAAUUCAAGGGUAUUGCCAACUCUGUGGUCCCCCUUACUGCCUGAGCUGCUUAUGUUGGCAUAUAGUGUGAGCAGGUGGCAUUUAGGAGACUUAAAAUAACUGAUUUGGGUUUUCACAUUGGAAAAAUUGUUACAGUUUGAGGUUUUUCUCAUCUUCAAAGAAAAAUGAUUACCAUGUUACCAUGGUUUUAAAUGCCAUAAAUAUUUACACUCAUUUGGAAA